UGCGUGGACCGCCAAUGAUUUGGUCCAGUACCGAAUUUCCCCGUUAGACAGCGCUGCUGCGUCCGGAAAAUCUGUGCUGUAUCUCUUCGCAACUUCAGUUUUCGGCAAGUAAUGACAAACGCUGGCGCGCUCUCAAUUCUCACACACGCCGGACUCGACGUAAAUGCGACCACUUUUCGGCUGUAAUUUGAGAAAAUCUCACUGAACGGAAAAUGGAGAGGGCCGGUUAAGUGAUGGCAAAUAGUCCCUCAGACGGGUAAAGUCCUCUCCGCCGAAGUUUCCGUAAGUUGGGACCGUCGUAAUUUGUUUCAGCCAGCCGCAAAUUCGGCCGAAUUUUCGCAUAAUUGGAAAUAAGUUGAUUGAUCGCUUGUCACUAGCAUCGCUGUGCCAAUAAUAGAUUUUUUAAUAUUCAUAAUAGGAUUGAUCGCUGGAUAUGGCAUGCGGUUUCUCAUAAAUUACGUUUCAAUUUUCGAAUUAAAAAAAUUGUUGCAUUCGUCUAACGUAAUUAAAUGUUAUUGCGAACCGGUCUGGUCAGCUGAAACAAUCCUAAUAUAAUUAAACUCAAAACUCGCAAUUAUUGGAAUUAUUAAUUUCGUUCCAACGACGAAUGAAAUAUUUGUGCCGCGAGGACGCUUAAUGUGAAGUGUUUUUUUACUUUCGCCAAACAAACUUCAAAGUAGUGUCUCCUCCAGUGAAUUAAUAAACUUUCCCGAUACCCAAAGAACUUUCAUAAUGGCAUAUUUCAUAACAAGGAGUAUCCUGCUCUUCGUUACAUUGUUUGCCGAUUUCAGCGUUUUCGACGUGCGGGCCUUGAAGGACAUGUACAUCAAAGUGCCGGAAGCCGUAAGAGUCGGCGAUUCCGUGACACUGGCCUGCGAUUACGACCUGGAGGCGGCGGCGCUCUAUACCAUCAAGUGGUACCGGUACGACUCGGAGUUCUACAGGUACGUGCCCAAGGAGUCGCCGCCCUCGAGGGUCUUCGUCAUGUCGCACCUCAACGUCGAUGUGUCGAGGUCUAAUUCAACGGUAGUGACCUUAACGGACGUGAAGAGAGAAACUUCUGGAGAAUUUAAGUGUGAAGUUUCAGCGGAUGCACCACGCUUCCAUACCGACAUACGUGCCGCGCAUUUACUUGUUGCAGACGUGCCUGAUGAAGGACCAGUUUUGCGAACAGAAGUCCAGGAGAAAUCGAUAGGAGCGAGGAUAAAGGCUAAUUGCACGACGCCCGGGUCUUAUCCGCCGAUGAAUAUCACCUGGUUUAUCAACGAUGUUGAGGUUCAGCCGAAAUACGGCAUCGACAUCCACGAUUCGGUCGAACGUUACGACGCCCUCCCUGGUUUAGAAACUGUCCGUUCCAUGAUCUCUAUAAACGCAAGUCUAGAGCUCUUCAAAAACGGUAAAAUGAAAAUACGGUGUAUGGCAACGAUGUUUACGUUGUACCGGAAAACACAAGAGUCGGAGCUCCACGACGACGCCCCUCAGCUCGCUCUCAUCAUGGUGCCCACCACCCUGAGCAGCGAAGGUAAAGGAAUUUUUUUCAGCAGUGGCCCCGAGAAGCAGCACAUCUCCAACAUCCUACUGACAGUGUUGCUUUUCUAUGUCCACUUACACGCCUGGCUGCGGAAGUUCCAAUGAAUUCGACGUCGAUAAACUUGUAAAGUUAUUUAAAAGUGAUAGUGUUUUAACAAAUCGUGAUAAACCUAGAGGGUAUAAGAAUGGAUUGUGUGAUUUGUUGUGAGAUAAUAAAGACUCGUACCGUAAGCGAUGCAAUUAUAAUUGUGUAUGAUAAUGCCAAAUAAGUGUGAUUACCGUUGAAUCUUAAGUAUACCUAACUAUGCGGUGCAAUAAUUGUAGUGUAAUGAACUAGCAAAUUUUUAGGUUCGGUUGAAGUUACUUCAUUGAGAUUAUUUCCUGUACAAAUUGUAUGAUUUCGCAUUGACAACUGCUACUUAAACCUGUACACCUGAAUUGCUCAAAAUUGCGUUACCUUUUUAACAUUUUAUUUAAGACGCGUUUCAGGAAAUCGAUUGUGUCGUAAUUUCCUGCAUCUCGCUGAAAAAUCAAGUGUGAACAUUCCUUUUUUGUAAUAACUCUGCGAAUAUGUUUACAUUUAUUUACACAUGCUGGAUAUGACGUGAAAUCCAUACUGAAUGUUCACACUUGUAGCAUAAGAAAAAACAAAUUUUGUAUUAUGAAGUUCUGGGAAUUUAUGGUCGUUAUAUGUAAAUAUAAUAUAGAAUAACCGACAACGUGAAAAUUUAUACUUUAGGUAGAGGUAGUAUCAAGUUUGUAAUUUUCGUUUUCUAGUCACCUUUAAAGAGAUUUGCCGAUGUAACUUUACAGACGUAUUUAUUUUUCGUUGGAUGAUAAAUUUACAUUUAAUGAAAAUGUACCACGUUUCUGUUCAAAUGCGAUUUUCAUUGACAACCAAACAUCUUCGUCUCAACCCAACUUUAUAAAUUCUUGCGGCGUUUGUGAGAUUAUAAAAAAGGAAAAAGACAGGUUAUUGCGGCUCAAUGUCAACUUCAAACCGAUUUGUAAAAAGAGUAUAAAGCGCAGCGCAGUACGUUCUUGCAAUUAAAUCAAAUUAAUUGUUUACAUACGUGAUAUGUUGCAAACAACAACCGCAAUAAUUAUAUUCAUAGCUUUCAACUACAGUUUUACAUUAUAACUCAUUGAUGAAGUUAAUUAAAUUAUCUACUUGUUUUGCUAUGCAUGGCAAAACCCGCUCAAUUGUCAACGGAAUAAAUACUAACUUGUGAUAAUUUGAAAUCUGACGAAUUAAAUCUGUUUUACCAAAGUUAAGUGAUAAAGGAAUUCAAGCUAGUAUGUAACAUUACACUUCCUGUCACUCUCAGUGAAUUUGGAGGAGAAUAAACGCCCAUUUACUACAGCUAUGAAAUAAUUUAGUCCAUGUUAGCUUUAUUGUUAUUAGCCUUGGGCAAGUUACUGACGGCACGUAAGCGAAAUUACUUUCAGUUCGUCAGCAAACAGUAAUUAUUACUUUAAGUGAAAUCUUAACAAUUGUUUACCUGUGACGGAUAAUUAAAAUUUCACAGCUGAAAUCGCACAAAAUCUAGAUUACAUCAUAGAUAAAUACUCUGCAAAAAGCCAUGCAAAUGUUUCCAGUACGCUAUAAAUUUUCCGGAUUAUUUAGAAACAUUUAUUGUGCCUGAUGGGUAUUAAUGAAAAAUCCACAGGAAAUCAGCUUUUCCAAUUGGCCCUAAACUACCUCAACUCGAAAAUUGAAUUCGUUUUAACUUCAAACAGGCAAUUAUUACUAAAAUCAUAGCAAAUAUAUUUAUUUUUUGAAAGCAUAAAAACUAUCACUUCAUAAAUAAACCAAGGUUUUUUUGGUUGGUUUCAAUGAAAAUCACUUUUACAACAGUAUUUUAAUCCGGAUUUAUUGAAAACAUAUAGAGGCAAAGUGAUCUGAGUAAUGCAAAUUUGUUUGGGAAAAGUCUACUGAAAACGGUAUUUUUCAAUGGGAAAUUAAGGGUUAUUUCAGUACAUUUUAGGGAAACAUAUUGUAAAUAUAGAAAUGACAAUGGCGUUUUUUUAAUCAUUAUAUUUUAGAAACACAUUGUAAAUAAUAUCAUUACAAUCAAAAAAAGAACCUACCUACGUAUUGCAAACCAAUUAACUAAAAGUAAUGUAUGGCGACGUUUCCUAAAUUGCGUAGCUUUAGAAAUUACAUCGAAUUCACUGUGUUUUUGUUGAAAAUUGUUUGUGUUUCAUGUUUUUUAAUUAUUAUGUUUCGGGUAUAAAAUUUGUAUUCCAAGAUUCCAACAAUUGUAACAAUGAAUGUACUAGUACAGUAAUAAUUGUUAAUAAAUGAUUAUACGUUUUUUA